AUGACGGAGCCCCACAGGGUUCCCUUCACCACUCUCCACGGCCCACUUAGCAGCAGCUUCCUGAAGAGGUCUCGGAAGGACGAUGGAGAGCAGCCCCAGGACGUGGAGCCGGCGGCCACUGCCGUUCGCAUCACUCUGACUCUCUUCGAGCCAGACCACAAACGCUGCCCAGAGUUCUUCUACCCAGACCUUCUGAAGAGCUGUCGAGGGAAAGUAAAAGGUGGUGGAUCUUCAGGGGACAAGAAGAAAGACCCUGCUGAUCCCUUCAAUGAUGAGGAGAAGGAAAGGCAUAAAGUGGAGGCCCUUGCUAGGAAGUUUGAAGAAAAAUAUGGCGGGAAGAGGCGCCGGAAGGACCGCAUCCAGGACCUGAUUGACAUGGGCUAUGGCUACGAUGAGUCUGACUCCUUCAUCGAUAACUCCGAAGCUUAUGAUGAGCUGGUUCCAGCUUCCCUCACAACCAAGUAUGGAGGCUUUUACAUCAACUCGGGGACGCUGCAGUUCCGGCAGGCCUCGGAGUCUGAAGAUGACUACGUGAAAGAGAAGAAGAAGAAGUGCCCCAAGAAGAGGAAGUUGAAAGACGGAGGUGAAAAAGUCAAGAAGAAGAAGAAAGAUGAUUCUUAUGACAAGGAAAAGAAAUCCAAGAAGUCCAAGUUUCCAAAAGCUGGCUUUACAGCGUUAAAUGCAAGCAAGGAGAAGAAGAAGAAGAAAUACUCUGGGGCUCUUAGUGUCAAGGAGAUGCUGAAGAAGUUUCAGAAGGAGAAGGAUGCUCAGAAGAAAAAAGAUGAGGAGCAGAAGGCGGUGACUCCUUCACCCGCAGAGCCUCCAGCCCCGAGGGAGGCAGAGCCCAUGCCUGACCCUCUGCUCUCGCUCUUUGGCCAUGCCAGUGACAGUGACCUGCUUCAGGCAGCCACAGCCAUGGACUCCUUAACUGAGCUGGACCUGGAGAGGCUGCUCAGCGAGUCCCCAGAGGGCAGUCCCUUUGCUGAGGUGGAGGACGGCAGCGAUUCCGGCGGGAUGGGCCUGGAGCAGGAUUUCAAGCAGCCUCCCUCCCUCCCCGAGGGGCUGCCAGCCCCUCUGGAGAAGCGCAUCAAGGAGCUGGCCCAGGCUGCCAGAGCUGCAGAGGGAGAAGGCAAACAGAGAUUCUUCACUCAGGACAUCAACAACAUCAUACUGGACAUAGAGCUGCAGACCCGGGAGCUGAGCAGCCAGGUGCGCUCCGGGGUCUAUGCCCACCUGGCUGCCUUCUUCCCCUGCAGCAAGGACACCCUGCUCAAGCGUGCCCGCAGGCUCUAUCUCUAUGAGCAGGGUGGGAGGCUGAAGGAACCUCUGCAGAAGCUGAAGGAAGCCAUUGGCAGGGCCAUGCCAGAGCAGAUGACCAAGUACCAGGAGGAAUGCCAGGUCCAUACUCAAGCCAAGUUUGCCAAGCUGCUGGAAGAGGAGAGGGACAAGGAGCAGCGAGACCGAGUCUGCUCUGAGGAGGAGGAGGAUGAAGACAAGGGAGGGAAGCGCCCUGCAGGGCCACGGAAGAAGUUCCAGUGGAAUGAGGAGAUCAGGGAGCUGCUUUGCCAUUUGGUGAAGAUUAAGUUGGAUGGUUAUGACCUUGACAAGAAUCAGGCUCAGUCUCUAGAGGAUUAUCUGAAGACCUUCCUAUCUGGAGAGGUGAAGCCCCUUUGGCCAAAAGGCUGGAUGCAGGCCAGGACACUGUUUAAGGAGAGCAGGCGAGCACACGGACACCUCCCGGCAGGCCUGGUGAAGAAGAAAGCUCUGGCUCCUGCCAAGGUGAAGGUGAAGGACUCUUCCUCCUCCAAGCCAGACAAGAAGCCCUCUGUUUCUGUUCCUUCCAUGCACUCCAGCAGCUCCUUAGCUCUGUCUUCAGAGCCCCAGGGGGCAGCUGUGGGCAUCAGUGCCCAGACCAGAGAACUCUUGUCCCUUGGGAGCACCCAAGCAGGCAGCAGCAGUGGCACUCCUGCCACCUUCAAGGACGACUCCCUGGAUGAGGACCUGAUCCGGAACCCUACUUCCUCCCUGGAAGCAGUCUCCAAGGAGCUGGCUGUGCUGAACAGCAGAGCAGCAACCAGCCCUGACUUUACUCUGCCUGCAGCUCCAAAAGCCCCACCAGAGAAGAUCCCAACCCUUGCCUCCUCAGAGGAGAAGAGGACAUUUCCAAAGUCCAACCCUCCCCCUACAUCAUCCUCUGGUUCCCUCCAGUCUCCCCUAAACUUCCUGGCUGAGCAGGCCCUGGCACUGGGCCAGUCUUCUCAAGACAAAAAGACAGAGAACUCCAACUACAAAGAAGUCUCCUGCCAGGCCUCUCCCAGCAAAGCCCUCCCUGAUGCCCACCAGGCUAAGCAGAAGCACCACAGCCUGGCCAGGCCCAGCUCCAGCCCCGUGGCAGCCCCUCAGGUGAAGGUCUUCCACUCGGGCAGCCAGCUGCAGAAACCCUUCAGCUCCCCAGCUCCCUUUGUCAAGCUGCAGCACCCCAAGUCCUCCUCCCCGCUGCCCCAGCGCUCCCUCCUCCCACAGGUCAAGUCCUCAGCCAAAGCUCAGAGCUUCCAUUCCUCCUCCUCAGCAGCAGGCAACACCCAGACCUCCAGCAGCUCCCACAAGAGCCCAGGCUCCUCCUCCUCCUCCUCGUCCCUCAGCUACGCAGCAAAGCACUCGAGCGGCUCCAGCUCUUCAGGACAGGCUUACAAGUCUCCCUUUGUGGCUGGUUCCCUCUCCAAGCACGGAGCUUCUUCCAGCAGCAACUCAACUGGAGGUUCUGCAGCCCAGGGCUGCUCCUCUGGGAGCCUGCUGCCCCCCGUGCAGCCCCCUGCCUCAGGGCAGCCCUCCAGCCGCCCGGCCCCCAGCUCCUCACUGAAGAAGACUCCUGUCUCCCAGAAGCUGACUCUGGUGGCACCUCCUGGAGGUUCCAAUGGAGAUUCCAGUGGGGGCACUCAAGGGGUGGCCAAGCUGCUGACCUCCUCCCUAAAGCCAGCUGUUGUGAGCAGCACUGCCUCUUCUACCUCUGCGCCGAAAGUAACCAGUGGAGCUGUGCUGCUGACGAGCUCCUCCUCCUUGAGUGUGCUGGCUCCAUCCUACAAGUCCAACAGUCCAAAGCUGCCAGCUGCCCUCAGCUCCACCCCCUUGGGUAUCAUCUCUCCCAUUCAUUCCUUCCCUCUCCAUGUCAUCUCCUUCAGCUCAGACUCCUCCCCCAAAGCAGGAGUCUCCAAGGAUGCAAUAGUUACAGGACCUGCUCCAGGAACUUUCCACCACAGCCUGGGCCACAGUCUCCUAGCUGGCUUGCACUCCAGCCCCCACCACGCCGCACCGCUCCCACACUCUGCCCUCUCCACUCACUUACCACAGCCUUUGCCAGAUGCUCCUCAGCUGCACGGCAAAGGCUCCGGUGCCCAGCAGCGCAAGUUGUGA